CUUGAGGCGGAGCCAGCGCGGUCUGUGAGCGGAGGCCUGCGUCGUGGGGCUUGGCGCGCGGGAGGCGCAGAGGCCCAGCCUGGCUGGCGAGCUUUCCCUGCGGGCGGGCUGUGGUGACAGCGGCGCGGGAGGCACCAGGACGAGGGGUCCGUCGCCAGUAGGCGUCCUGCCAUGGAGGAGGCGUUGGCAGCCCCGGAGCGGCCGCUGUGCGACAGCCUUAUCCUGUGGCUGCAGACAUUCAAGACUGCCUCACCUUGUCAAGAUGUGAAACAGCUGACUAGUGGAGUUGCCAUGGCACAAGUUCUUCAUCAAAUUGAUGUUGCUUGGUUCAAUGAAUCUUGGUUAAGUCGAAUUAAAGAGGAUGUUGGGGACAACUGGAGAAUAAAGGCAAGUAAUUUAAAGAAGAUCCUCCAAGGAAUUAUGAGUUAUUACCAUGAGUUUUUGGGACAGCAGAUUUCUGAAGAACUUAUUCCUGAUUUAAACCAAAUAACUGAAUGUUCAGACUCCACAGAGCUUGGAAGAUUACUCCAGCUUAUUUUAGGUUGUGCAGUCAACUGUGAAAAGAAGCAAGAACAUAUUAAAAAUAUAAUGACAUUGGAAGAGUCUGUUCAACAUGUGGUCAUGACUGCUAUUCAAGAGUUGAUGAGUAAGGAAAUAGUGAGCUCUCCUACAAAUGAUGCUGUUGGAGAAUUAGAGCAACAGCUUAAAAGGGCUUUGGAAGAACUUCAGGAAGCACAAACAGAGAAGGAAGAGCUGAAGCAGAGAUGCGAAGAACUAGAUAUGCAGGUGACAACACUUCAAGAUGAAAAAAAUUCACUGGUUUCUGAGAAUGAGAUGAUGAAUGAAAAACUUGACCAACUGGAUGGCUCUUUUGAUGAUCCAAAUAUGGUGGUUGCAAAAAAGUAUUUUCAUGUUCAGUUACAAUUAGAACAAUUGCAGGAAGAAAACUUCAGACUUGAAGCUGCAAAAGAUGAUUACCGUGUUCACUGUGAAGAACUUGAAAAGCAACUGAUUGAAUUUCAGCAUAGGAACGAUGAAUUGACUAGUAUUGCUGAAGAAACAAGAGCCCUGAAAGAUGAAAUUGAUGUUCUUAGGACUACCUCUGAUAAAGUAAAUAAGCUGGAAUCAACAGUUGAGAUAUAUCGUCAGAAGCUACAAGAUCUAAAUGAUCUCCGCAAGCAAGUGAAAACUUUACAGGAUACAAACAUGAUGUAUAUGCAUAAUACAGUCAGCUUAGAAGAAGAAUUAAAGAAGGCAAAUGCAGCACGUACACAGUUAGAAACAUACAAAAGGCAGGUUCAGGACCUGCACAUUAAACUUUCUUCUGAAUCCAGAAGGGCAGAUACUCUUGCAUUUGAAAUGAAGCAGCUUAAAGAAAAACAUGAAGCUUUACUUAAGGAAAAAGAGAGACUGAGAGAGCAGCGUGAUACUCUGAAAGAAACCAAUGAAGAGCUUCGCUGUUCCCAAGUCCAGCAGGAUCACCUAAAUCAAGCAGACAAAUCUGCUAUAAAAAGUUGUGAGAACCUUGCUGCUGAGAUCAUGCCAGUGGAGUACAGAGAGGUGUUUAUUAGACUGCAGCAUGAAAACAAGAUGCUUCGAUUGCAGCAGGAAGGUUCUGAGAACGAACGCAUCGUGGAGCUACAGGAGCUGCUGGAGCAGAAACGCCGCGAGAUGAAUGAGCUGGAAACUGAGCGAAGGCUCAACAAAGAGUGCAUCCGAGAAUUGCAGCAGCAGAUUGAAGACCUCCAAAAGUCUUUGCAAGAACAUGGCUCCAAGUCUGAAGGCGAAAGUUCCAGCAAACUAAAGCAGAAAUUGGAAGCUCAUAUGGAAAAACUAACAGAGGUCCAUGAAGAGUUACAGAAGAAACAAGAACUCAUUGAAGAUCUUCAGCCAGAUAUAAAUCAGAACAUACAAAAGAUCAGUGAACUUGAGGCUGCUCUUCAGAAGAAAGAUGAAGAUAUGAAAGCAAUGGAAGAAAGAUAUAAAAUGUACUUAGAGAAAGCCAGAAAUGUAAUAAAAACUUUAGAUCCCAAAUUAAAUCCAGCAUCAGCUGAAAUAAUGCUGCUUAGAAAGCAGCUGGCAGAGAAAGAGAGAAGAAUUGAGAUUCUGGAGAGUGAAUGUAAAGUAGCAAAAUUCCGUGAUUAUGAAGAAAAGCUCAUUGUUUCUGCCUGGUAUAAUAAGAGUUUGGCAUUCCAGAAACUGGGGAUGGAGUCCAGGCUCAUGAGCGGUGCUUGCAAAGAUACUGCUCCUUGUGGCCCCGCACGCUCCUUCCUAGCACAGCAGCGGCACAUCACCAGCACCCGGAGAAAUCUCUCUGUCAAAGUUCCUGCUGCAACAUCUGAUUAAACUGCAAAA